GUACAGUGACGUCACGUAUUUUGUAAGAAUUGUGCUGUGUAUGGCAGUAAAUGAUAAAUUUGAAUUACAUGUUUGUAAUAAAAAAAUGAAUGUUUUCUGGUGAAAAAUGUCAAUGGAUACUUGGCCAGAAAUUCGUUCUUACCUUCUUAAUUCACAUUGACAACUAAGCAGCAAUCAGCUUUGACAGGCACAGCUCCUGUUUGUACACGAAGUUAUUGGGAGACUUUAUUUUAGUUAGGGACAAAUUUGAUGUAGGUUAUGAUGCUUCGAAACAAAAAGGUGUUAGCAAAUAUUUCUGGAGUUGCUGUUAAGAGGAAGAUGGCUAGAAACAGGAGCGUAUUAAAACAGUCACAAUCAGAAGGCCACCUUGAAGCAAAAAGCACGAGGAAACAUGAUUCAGUCUUACAUCAUUGCACUGAUUUGCGCAAGUCUUUGUCCAGCUGUGACUAUAUUUCUGGUGCUGAGCAGUCAUCAUCUAUUGCAGAACAUUCUUCGAUGAGUCUGACGAAAAAUACUCCAUCUGCUGAAGUGGGGAAGUGUAGUAGCGCUUUGGUAGGUAGUAACACCACUUCAUCACAAGUGUUGCCUAAAUCUAAUAAGACAGCAGAUUUACAGUCGUCAACUGUCUCAGAAGAUUCAGUACGAAGCCUUGACAUGGAGGAUUCCAUUGUUGAAGUAAUUCCCAUAGAGAUUUCUGAUGUCAGUAUAUUGGAAACAAAAUCACACAAGCCGUCUUCCAGUGGUAACAAACCAAUAGAUGCGGAUACAUCGGAUGUUAUAAUCAUCCCAGAUUCUCCAGGACAAGGGACUGCAGGGAACAAGGCUUCGAAGACUACUUCAAAUGAAGUUUUACAUGUGCGGCGAGGCAGGAAAAGAAAAAACAGUGAUGAUAGUGGGAUUGAAAUCUUGUGCGAUAUUUCAGGAAGUAGACCUAAGAAGCAGCAGAAAAUUAAUGUUGCCAGUAAAGGGAGCAGUGGGGAUGGAGAUGACAUUAUCUUCAUUAGUGCAGAAGAUGAUGAAGUGUCAGUCAUCAAAACAAAGGAGGAGCACAAAACACCUCAAGAGGAUGUAAUAAUUUUAGAUUCACCUCCUGCACAAACUCCUGUGCAGAAUUCAGACAAAACACCUAAGAAAAUGGUUUCAGCAUCUACAAGUGUAACUGGUUUAAUUCCCCAUUAUACGCAACAUUUAAUAGAUUAUAUUUCUCUUGAUGGAAGACCACCUGUAAAUAUUUCUGACUCAUCUAUUGGGACACCUGUGUUGCCUUUUUCACUAAGAGAUGCAUUCAGAAAUGAGGAGGAGAUGGUGCAAAGACGGAUUCCUGUUUUGAGACGGGCACAGGGUACCAGAGCUUCCAUUCGGCGGCAAAGGGAAAGAGCUGCGUUUCAUAACCGUUUAGUACAUGCUCGCAGUCAAGCAGGCCGAUCAAACUGUAUACCUGUGUCUACUUGCACUUACUUUCCCCCUCACCCUUCAAAUGCACUGAUUGGAAAUCAGACUUCAACUAUCGGAAAUGCAGCCGAAAAUUCAACUGCACAAAACUGGACAACCCAAAAUGUAGCACCUGAAAACUCUGUACAACAAAACUGGACAACCCAAAAUGUAGCACCUGAAAACUCUGUACAACAAAACUCGACAACCCAAAAUGUAGCACCUGAAAACCCUGUACAACAAAACUCGACAACCCAAAAUGUAGCACCUGAAAACCCUGUACAAUCAGCUCCAGAAGUUUCACAAUCGCCAGCCUGUGUUUAUGGAACCAACAUUUACAACCCAAAUGCGAGUAACAAAGAGAAGGAUGGGUUGCGACCAGUCAUCAUUGAUGGAAACAAUAUAGCAAUGGGGCAUGGAAAAGGAAAAUGUUUCUCAUGGCGAGGACUGCACAUUUGUAUCAAGUACUUUUUGAAGCGUGGUCAUAAAGUGACAGCAUUUGUGCCAACAUUCCGGAGGGGUGCUUGCCCACCUGACCUUCGUUUUGAACUGGAGGAGUAUGAGAGGAGUGGGCAGGUUGUAUUCACACCAAGCAGAAGAAUAGAAGGGCGACUCAUUGUGCCAUAUGAUGACAGGUUCAUUGUGCAGUGUGCAGCAGAACUUGGUGGAGUUAUAGUCUCCACAGACAACUUCCGUGAUCUUCUAAGUGAAAAUACCACCUGGAAGGAAACAAUUGAAAAGAGGUUGCUGAUGUUCACAUGGGUUGGAGACUUGUUGAUGUUCCCUCAUGAUCCGCUAGGGAGGAAUGGUCCAAAAUUUGAAGAGUUCCUUCGCUUUCCCAAGAAGUUAUAAGACAAUGCUGAAAUUGUCACCAGUGUCAAUUCAGUACAAACUGCUGCUGUGUUAGAGACCAAAAAAGUGUUGUUAAUGUAUUUUGAUAUUUUGGUGUAAAGGAAGUAAUCAAUUUUUACAAAAUAACAUAUCCCAUUUCUCAAAAAUCUGUUGUCAAGUUUGUGCUCAGGUAUUUAUUGUUAAAGUAUGUAUACAGCUGUAUCUUGUUAUUCUUUUAUUACAUAAUAUUGUAUCAUAUUAUAUUUAUUGUGUACAGUUGGAUUAUUCAAUUUCAGUUUUAUAAAAUUAUUUUCCAGUAUAUAAAAGCUGCAUUUGAAAACAAUUUGGGUUGUGAAUCUUAAAGUGAUAAUCACUUUGCUUUUUUGUGUAUUAUAUGAAAUCAAGAUAUAUUCUUGCCAGUUGCUGUUUUUUCCUCUUACAGUAAAAAUAAAAAAAAAAUUAAAUUAAAAAAAAGUUUUCUAAGGACACUUGUCAGAGUUGCAUGAAGUGCACCAACAAUUUCUUUAGUUUCAUAUGACAGUACUCGAGAAGUGUAACCAUUUUGUGUAGGCUUUCGGGUUGUUGUUUGUAAAUGAAAUGUUUUAUUUGACUAUAACUGUUGGCUAAGAUAUUUCACAUUUCAUUCGUUCAUUUCUCAUAAAUAGUUGCCAUUUUCUACAUGUUGGUAAAGUUGUACAGGCUGUAUGGCAAGAUAACAAAUUUGCAGAGGGCAUAAUAAAUUUUCUUUUGUUCAGUUUUAGUUAACCAAUAUUAUGGUUGGUUGAACAAUUUCCUUGAUUUCAGUUUGAUGGUUUGGUGCAAGUAUUUGUUACAUUGUACAUAUUCCAAAAUGCUUUCAGUGUGUUUUUAUGAAAGGAAUAUUGUAAAUAUCCUUAUUACAAGUGUGUGUGAAUGUGAAAUAAUUUGAUGCAUGUUCUGCUUUGUGCUGCUGCAUCUGUUAAUACUUUAAGGUACAUAAAACACCACUUUAGCUGCUGUUUCCACUGCUGGUUAUGUUAAUGUGACCUGUAUUAUAAUGUAAAAAUGAUGUAUGUUAGUAAAUGCAGCUAUCAUUAAAAGAACAUUUGGAAACUUUUCUGUACAGUAUUCCCAAGACCUAAAUGCGUACGAGUAUUGAAUGUAAAGAAGUCUCGGAAGUUCUUCUGUUAUGACAGUAGCCACUUUUACUAAUGUAAGUCUCUCUUGCAUUAUAAUACAGGUCACAUGAGUAUGUUCAGUCAACAUAACUGGUAGUGGAAACAGCAACUGAGAUGGUAUUUUUUGUAUACCUUAAAGCAUGUGUGUCAUGUAGGCUUGGUAUGAAAAAUAAUUAGUGAUACUGUUUGAUGUCUAUAUUAUCUCAAGUGUUGCUUUUGUUUAUAGGUAACUGUAGCAAUUUGUAGUAAAACUAAAGUUAGUAAAACCAAUAAAGCAGACAGGUGGAAAAAUGUCGUCCAAAUGUCAGAAAGGAAAGAACCAAAGAAAUUCUUACCAGUAUUGAGACUUGCUGGUAGUGGACUCACUGCUAGCAACGAAAUUACUUUAUAUUAAAUCUGAUACAAAUGAAGGUUUUGUAUAAGCAAGCUGAAAUAGUAUAACUGAAUGGGAACGUCCGUACUUAAGUUAGUUGUAGAAACUUGUUGUUCAUAAAUAGUUGGGUCGUAAAUAAGAUAUAUGAGCAGGAUUACAGUUGAGCAUAUUUAAGAGAAAUGUACUUGAAGAGACUAUUUCAGUACAUAAAGAUUAUCAUUUUAAUUAUAAAUAUAUUUUUGUAAAAUAUUCAUCUCAAAUUUUUCACACAAGGCAUGUAAUUAAUGAUGUUUUACUGUGGACUAAAUCACACACACUCUUCUGUAAAUAUUUGAUUAAUACCAUUCAUUUUCCACGAAAAGGGAAAUAAUUUAUAUAAUUUGAUGUUACCAAAAUAUUUGUUGUUCAGUCUUUGACAAAUUUGUGUUUUUUUAUAUAUAACAGUCCACUAUAAUAAAUAAUAUUUAAUAAA